UGUGAUGAUGCUGAACACACUCGCAGGGGUUCACUGACACACUCUCUCUCUCUCUCCUCUCCUCUCUCCCUUUUCCUCUCUCUCUCUCUCUAUCUGCUCUGGCGACGGAUAGACAGAUAAGCGGCGCACGGAUUGGUUUUUCUACGCCGCCGUUCCUGCGCUAGACUCCCCCGUGUUUCCAGGAGAAUCCCCGCUGCCUCUGUUUUUUUUUAUUUCUGGCUCCGCGUUUGCGAGAGAACAGGGCGGAAAAUGGGCUGUUUGGGCAACAGCAAGACCGAGGACCAGCGCAUCGACGAGAAGGCUCAGCGAGAGGCCAACAAAAAGAUAGAGAAGCAGCUCCAGAAGGAGAGGCAGGCGUACAAAGCCACACACCGGCUGCUGCUGCUAGGGGCUGGAGAAUCCGGAAAGAGCACCAUUGUCAAGCAGAUGAGGAUCUUGCACGUCAAUGGCUUUAACGCAGAAGAAAAAAAGCAGAAAAUCUUGGAUAUCCGAAAAAAUGUGAAGGACGCCAUCGUGACGAUAGUAUCGGCCAUGAGCACCUUAAUACCCCCAGUGCCGCUCGGCAACCCGGCCAACCAGUUCCGAGUCGACUACAUAAAGAGUAUAGCCCCGCUCUCAGACUUCGACUACACAGAGGAAUUUUUUGAGCACGCCAAACAUCUCUGGGAUGAUGAGGGAGUGAAGGCCUGCUUCGAACGCUCCAACGAGUACCAGCUCAUUGACUGUGCACAAUACUUCCUGGACAGAAUCGACUCAGUACGACAGAACGACUACACACCAACAGACCAGGACUUGCUUAGGUGCCGAGUUUUGACUUCAGGGAUUUUUGAAACGCGAUUUCAAGUAGACAAAGUCAACUUUCACAUGUUUGAUGUGGGUGGUCAGAGAGAUGAGAGGAGAAAGUGGAUUCAGUGCUUUAAUGAUGUGACGGCCAUCAUCUUCGUGGCAGCCAGCAGCAGCUACAACAUGGUGAUCAGAGAAGAUAACAGCACUAACCGCCUGCGCGAGUCUCUAGACCUGUUCCGCAGUAUCUGGAAUAACAGGUUUUUACGGACCAUCUCGGUGAUUCUCUUCCUGAACAAACAGGACAUGCUGGCAGAGAAGAUCCUUGCUGGCAAAUCCAAACUUGAAGAUUACUUCCCUGAGUACCUUCAGUACACAGUCCCGGCCGAAGCAACCGGUGACCCUGGAGAGGAUGCGAGAGUGACCAGGGCCAAGUUCUUCAUCCGGGAUGAAUUUCUGAGGAUCAGCACAGCGAGUGGUUCGGACAAACACUACUGCUACCCGCACUUCACCUGCGCUGUGGACACGGAGAACAUCCGUCGCGUCUUCAACGACUGUCGUGACAUCAUCCAGAGGAUGCACCUCCGGCAGUACGAGCUCUUGUGAUUGGCCGCCACCGGAUCCGAAUGCAUCGGAUCGCUUCUUUUCCACUCCCAGAUCGCAGCGGGACUAUGUGAACUACUGACAAGUGACAAUGUUGUCAUGAGAUUUUCUUUUUUUUUUUCUUUUUUUUUUCCCUCCUUUGAUGCUUUUUCCUCUCCUUACUUAUAGCCUGUACUUCUGAGACGAGAGUGAGGUGCACGAGAGAGUGUGAAAGUUUGUAUGCAUGUGUGUGUGACAGAGAGCGUGUGUAUGUGUGCUUGUGUGUAAGUGUGAUUGUGUGUGUGUGUCUGUGUGAAGCACCUGAAGACGCUGUUCGGAUUGCUUUUUUUUUUUGAUCACUCCAAGGUCAUUCCUGUUUUCAUUCUUUGACUCUUUUUGUUUCUUUUUUUGUUCCAGUUUCUCCGUCUUUUGAGGACUUUUUCUUUUACUUUCUGCUAGCUGUGGUUGGACGUGGACCAGCUAACCUAACGGAAACCUGUGGUAACUUCAGGCACGUUAGUCUGAACGUUUGACCUCUCCUCCGCAAAGAUUUGCGAGAAGGUUGUUUCUUUUUUUUUUCGUAGAAUACUUGACGUAGGGGGUGGACAAUGCACUUUGCAUCAGGUUCCUUAUAAAACAAGAAGGCCAGGAAGCAUACUUCACUAUGUAGCACCGCCAUAUUUAUUACUCGCCACUUUUUUCCUCUUUAGUAUGUAAUUUUUGUUUUUGCUUUUUUUUUGUUUAGUUUUUUGGAAUGUGUUUUGCUUUGUUCUUAUUCUGUUUUAUUUUCUGAUAAGAGUGCAGGGUUGUCGGGACAGCCGAGGGUGGGUAGGUUUUGGGGGUGGGUUGGGUUUGUUGGAAUCGUCCAAUGAGCACAGACUAGGCGUAAGAGUGGUGGCUUAUGGGACUCGUCGUAGUCCUUUGCACCUCUUGGCCAAUAGGCAGGCAGUAGUAGGCGCUUUUUUUCUGCCUAGAGAGAACCACCGCACUUGAUUGGCCAACCUCUCUUAGAACAAGGGGGAAGGUGUCUUGAUAUGGUGGGCGCUAGUCCUAUAUAAAUAUAUAUAAAUAAAUACAUAAUAUAUUUUUUGGGGGGUGGGGUUGUUUUAUUAUUAUUAUUAUAAUUAUUAUUAUUAUCCUGAGGAGGAACGUGCAAGGUUUGCUUUAUCUUGUACAGGCCUGCAAAAUGUAAUGUUAUUUUGUACAACUUCAUUGAAAAAGAGACAAAAAUGAAAAAAAAAGACAAAAAAAAAACUUAACUUUGACUUGUAGAAGCUCCUCGUGCCUUUGAUUACGGCUGUACCUGUAAAUGGGGAUUUAGAUGUAAGUACAUUUUUGACGGCGUUGUACAGCUUGAUGUCAAAUCUUAACCGCAGCACAGCCUGCUGAUGGGGAUCUCUUUCUCUCUCUGUAGAAACGCAUUUUUUCCUCUGGUUUAUAAAGAAUAACGAUGAUAUGGUCUUUAGUAUAAAAAGAAAAUUAGGCAAAAAAAUCUUGUAUACAAUAUGCAAAUUUAACCACUUGCUGAUGUUGAGAAGUUGCAGAUAUUAGAGUACAUGCCUUUUUAUUUCUCCUUCUUCGUGUUUCGUUUUUUUUCUUCUUCUUCUUUUUCGUUUGUUUGUUCGUUUUUUAUUAUUAUUUGUUUGUUUGUUUUAUUCCUCUCUCUCCCUUUGUAGGACUCGUUGACAGCUUUAAAAAUCCAUUGGAAGUGUCCAAACUUGCAGCCUGCUGACGUUUCGAGUAGGAAGCAUCUUUUUAGAAGACAUGAACUGUGUGCGCGUGCGUGCGCGCGAGUGAGUGUGUGUGUGCGUGCGUGUGCGUGCGAGGCGUGUGCACAGGGUUACAGCGGGGAUAUACGUGUGUACGCGUACGUGCGUGCGAGCGCCUGCGUGUGCCUGCAUGCAUGUUGUGCAUGUGUACGCCCACAUCCCCGCACAUUUGUUUUAUGCCCAAAAGUUGUACAUCUGCAUUUUUAUAUUUAUAUAUGUGUACAUAUACAUUUAUAAAAGUCACAAGAAGAAGCUAUAUUCUAUAAAUAUAUAUGUACAAUUAUACAUAGAAUGUGUGUGCCUACGCGUAUACAUAUUUAUGAAUGUCUAGCGAGGUCGUUAUGCAUAGCCAUGCAUAUACAUAGGCGUACUUUAGGACGAAGGAGGAAGGCGAGAGAGAUUAGCGGUUCCUCGACCCGUCCCUUCAACCUUCAGGACAGCGCGGGGUGUCCCGGAACAUGUAGGCACUGACCGUCCCGCCCCGCAGCCGCUGAGUGCAGCACAGCCUCUCCUCCAGCCCUGAUCCUUAUGGGACACUUUGUCUGCGUGACGUGACGAGGUACCACCAGCAGGUGGCGCUGUCAGUCUGACUGGAGCUUUGGAAUAAGCUUCAGUUAAAAGUUAUAGACCAUGACCUGAUUUUCACCUCUUCACACCUAAAUUAAAUAUAAAGCUCUGGAAAAAAAAUUAGACACCACUUAAAAUUGAUGAAAAACCUCUAGAAUAUAACCAACGGGAAGACAGAUAAUCACAAGCCUUCAAAACAAGCACCAGGAGUGGCAUAAAGUUAUCCAAAAGCAGUGUGUAAGACUGGUGGAGGAGAACAUGCCAAGAUACAUGAAAACUGUGAUUAAAAACCAGGGUUAUUCCACCCAAUAUUGAAAAUUACAUUUCUAAACUCUUAAAACUUCAUGAAUAUGAACUUGUUUUCUUUGCAUUAUUUGAGGUCUGAAAGUUCUGCAUCUUUUUUUUGUUAUUUCAGCCAUUUCUCAUUUUCUGUAUAUAAAUGCUCUAAAUGAGAAUAUUUUCCUUUAGAAUUUAUGAGAAAUGUUGUCCGUAGUAAAACAACAAUGUUUAUUUUAUUCAAACAUAAACCUAUAAAUAGCAAAAUCAGAGAAUUCAGAUUCAGAAACUGAAGUGGUCUCAAUUUUUUCCAGAGCUUUUAAUAGAUAUAUAUAUGUGUAUGUAUAUGGGCAGUUUUAUUGACUUAUUUAUUCAAUGAUCAUAAACAACUCUCAUGAGUGUUUUUUUACUUCCGUGUGCAUUAACCUUUCUUUUAAAUAAUAAUAAUAAAAAAAUAAUAAUUUAAUACUAUUUUAAACACCAAACUAGAGCAUUAGUACCCAUUGGGAGAGACCUCUUCUUCAUAUAUUUUUGCAUUAAUCUAUGCUUAAAAAUUCUUAAUAAUAGAAAAUAAAUGUGCUGCAGAAGUCUUUGUUUAAUUAGCAUUUUUUUUUGAGCAGUGACAUACAACUGCCUGGCCAAAAAAAAAGUCACCACCUGGAUUUGAGUAAGUAAAUGAUGUGGGGUUGAUGCUGCAGUUGGUCAGGUCUAGGUUGAGCAACAGUAUAUGCUGAAAGAAUGAGGUCAGCUGAAUAUACUGAAUAUAUAUUUUGCAAAAUUAAAGCAACACUGUUUUGAAAGGAAUCUUGUGACAUUGCAGAAGAUUAUUGAAACAAUGCCACAGCGAAUGCGUGCUGCAGUCGAAGCUAAAGAUGGUUCAAUUAAAUAUUAGUGUGAUGCUUUUUUUGGCCAGGCAGUGUAGAAGAAACACUUCUGCUUUUCAAGACUUAGAAAAUGUUCUUUAUGGAACCAAAAGGCCUUUCUUCUGUGGCAUCAAUCAAAAAAUGAAUCUGUAGUGCCUUUAGACCCUGUUUACAUCUGGUCACUCUUUCUGUUAUGAGUAACAGGACUAUAUCUGGAUGAAUCUAAACCAAAUAAAAAUGCAAGUGAAUGCCAGAUUCAAAUCCCAUCACUUAAACCACUUUAGGAGAUGGUCUGAAGCCACAUUGUAUCCAGGAUUUGUUUAAUAACUAAACGAAACUCCUCCCAAUGCGACUGAAACACUAGUAAUAAUUGCUGUGUGAUGAGGAAAUUUGGCCUGACUAACCUAAGCCACAUUUGACUACCAAGUGUAAAUAGGGAUUUGAAAUCUUGUCAGAAUAUAAUUCAGAUAAAGGUCACAUAAAGGUGUGAUCAGGUGUAAACAGAUCAGAUAUAAAAAGAUUGUUUUGUAGCUUGUUUAGAUCCAGUUUACCCCUAGUCACUUUGUGUGCUUUGAGUGUAAACACAUUUUUUUUAUCAGAACAAGAUCCAGAUACUAGUCACAAUGUGACCAGGUGUAAACAGUCCCUUCCUUUUCUCCAUCAAACUACAAAAAAGAGUUACUUAGACCUUUAAACAAAGCUAAAUCAUACUGUUUUUAUUUAAUGUAUUUAUUGUUAUUACGUCCUUCAUUGUCAGAGCAUUACAGUCCUGACAGGAAUUUGACACUUUGGACUAAUCUGUUCUUCACCUGCUACCCUCAGAUUUUCUUUUCUUUUAUAUUUAGCCAGAUAUGUUGUUGCAUUUCACUUUUCUUCAGGCAGUGGUCUGAACUUUUCAUUCAUUUCACCACAGCAAAGGCAAACCAACAGAUCAAACAGCCAGAAGACUAUUCUGAACGACCCACGGCUCGCUCACACAGAAGCCAGGUCCAGAUAGAUUGGCUCGUCCAUUAGAAGCGGUUUGUCUCUGCCUGGUGCCCUAAAUAGCUCCAGAUAACGUCCCAGACUGGUCCCGCUGUCCGUGUGCUGGAACGGGCUGUGUGCUGACUCGGCUGCUGUACGGUGAGGCUACAGCACUGCUAGUUAGGCUAGAUUUCUCUUUCCUCUGAGGCUUCUACAUGUUCAAAUGAGUGAUGAUGACUGAGUGAAGAAAAAGAAAUAGAAAAAAAGAAAAAAAAAAAACUCUGUGUCUGGCCUUCAAGGACUUUUUCGGUUGUUGUUUCUUAAUUUUUAUUUUAAUAAAAGAGGCACAUUAGAAGACCUUUGUCUUUGUUUAGAAUGAGAAUGUCGGGAGAAAUGUAAUUUUGCAAAUAAAAUACCUCUAAAAGAAA